GUCUGCACAUUCAUGCCUAAGUUUCAAAAUAUAACCGGCUCUUUUAGGGUGAAACCCUGGGAAUCGCUUAAAAAUUUAUAUGCUGUCACAAAACCAGUCACUUUCCUUCCUUCUGAAUUUUGGUUCACCGUUGAGGUACAUUCAUACUACAUACCACCAGUACCACCCUACAUGUGUCAAGGGACAAACUCAUCAAUCACUUAUCUUUUUUAUCCCAAUCUGACAACCUCAUUGGUCGCUCUUAGAAGAGCAGUAGCCAACAGGCGUGUUUUUCCCCAAAGGUAAUUAAACUCAUCAGUUAAUGUUGUCAACAAAUGACACCACGCACCAUAACAGAUGACCACCAGUACGUUGUUGACAGAAACACUGGACACAACAAAACAAUGCAGGAAAAAAAUACUUUCUCAGAAUGUAUGUUUUGGCUCAAUGCAUCACCAGCCACCAAGACAAUCGCGGCUUAAUGUCUUGCUGGUGAGAAAGAAGGAGAGAAAAACACACAGUAAGGACGUCCGACUGCAAUGAUAAUGCAGAGUGAAAGAACAUGUGUAAAGGCGUUUUCAGAGCAGGCGCCACCAUGCCGCCCAUUUUUCCAAAGCCUUAACUCGUCUUUUCUUUGGGCCCUGGCAUUCCCCUUUUUGUCUGAGUUUAGUGUCUUUAAAGAAGCCGUUGCGGUCGGGGUAGUGGGGGAAGGCCAUGCCUCUCUGUGGUCAAAAGGGGACGAUGAAUACCCCCUUACGGUGAGAGGAGUUACAGAUACCCGGCGGGUUACACAGAGACGAAAGCUUUUAUAAAGCUAAUCAACAUGAAAAGAAGGAGUCAGAUUCGUUUACAGAUACCAUUGUACUUGGUGUACUUUGUGUGACUUGCUCGUGUUUUAUUGCCUGAGAUUGCCUGGUACAGUAGAUGCUGGCUUCCAAAGAAUUAAGACAGAACUGUAUUGGGACAGGGUUGGAGGACAUCCAGCUGAGAAGAGCAAUAGACCGAGAGGACUUGACGAAGCCGGUCGACUAGAUUUGCAUCCAAGACGCUCUUCCCAAAGCUCUGGAGGCUUAUAUACAGACACAAUGAAAUAUUAAUCGAGAGGUAAUAAGCUCCAGUGGAUCUCUCUCAGUGGACAAGCCAAUCAAACACGAGGAGAUAGGACGCACACCCCGUGACCUGAUACAAACAUGGACAACUACAUACAACGGGAUGGUCGAUUUUUUGUUUACCGUCAUAAAGCAGGAUGUUUAGGAAACAUUAGGAGAUAUCUCGCAGAUUAACUCUAACCAUCUGUGGAAGUUGUGAAUAUUCCUUCCGCACCUGUUACGCUUCUUUAUAAGGCAAAUUCUAAUGGAUUCAACCAGACGGACCUGCUUGCAUGAUUUUAUUCAUAGUUGAAAUGUUUUGUACAUCCUUCAUCGUGAAAUAAUCGUCGUGAGGUGAGGACAGUUAAAAUAGAUUAUUCGGUGAUGAAAUAGACAGGAGAACAACAAUAAGAUUACCUAGAACAAACUUGAAAUACAAAUUUUCCACCAUCUAGAUACGUCAACACGGGAUACAAAACUGUUAGAAUGUUUAAUUUUGCCAUUUAAAGAAGGUUCCAUUUCUACAACUAGAAGUACCCGUCGAGUCAAAGUCUUUUAAGUCUGUGGCUGCAUUCAGUAACAAGCUCUAAAUUCAGGUAAUCCCGUCAUGAAUUCAAUUUUCGAGUGUUUCGAUUCACCGAGCUCCAAAUCAGCUUUCACGGAGUUCCAACAGUACCAUCAGCUUCACCAUCAUUUUACUGGUGGACCGCCAGCGCCUACCACCCCGAUGACAUGCAGUUCAACUGCGGUACCACCAUCUCCGUAUGCUGUUCCACCACACCCCAGUAUGCAGUGCACCCCAACGCCCAGGUCGUUCUGCGAACCAGUUACAGGCACUCCGGAGACAGCAUACAACGCGACCGCCUCGUCCAUGCAACACCCCGUCAGACAUCUCGGAUAUUCCUUUCCCUUGAGUCCGAUGGGGAGUCACAAUCAUCAUUCAGCUUACAGCCAUCACUAUCACACGCCGCAAACAAGAGAAGAAUACCCCAUUCAAUCGAAAGAGGCCAUUUUGGAUACAGAUGACGAUGAUCAGGCCCUGCCUAAAGUCAACGGCAAGGGUAAGAAGCUAAGGAAACCACGAACCAUCUACUCCAGCCUGCAACUACAAAAGCUCAAUCAGAGAUUUACCAAGACACAGUAUCUGGCGUUACCUGAGAGAGCGGACUUAGCUGCUUCCCUUGGUCUCACUCAAACUCAGGUAAAAAUUUGGUUUCAAAACCGACGCUCUAAGUACAAAAAGUUACUGAAGCAGCAAGGCGCAACGCCCACAAGCAGUACAGGUAGUUUGGAUUCGGAACAAGACCAAUCACAGACUCCUACCCUCCCAGAUACAUUGAGUCCUCAAGAUACCGGAACACAUUCUCUUGAAUCUUCCAGCCAGCCUGUCAGGGCGUCAUCUUGCUACAACCGACCACAAAACAUCACUUCUCAAUUACCAAACGGUGAGGGCAAUUCCACCCAUUCCAAUCCAACUCCAUCCUGGGAUUACAGUGGGGAAGUCCUAGGUCAGGCUCUACGAUCGAAUCAUGGUGAGAGUUUCCCUUAUCAACAGCAGCAACUGGCACAACAUUACCAUUAUUCCUGGUUUGGACAGGAUAUAACUGCUGGCUUACCCCCACAGCAUAUAAUGGCGCCAGUGCCUCAAUGAACAGAACGAGACUGCACAACGAUAAUGUUUUAUUUUGAAGUAAGACAACUAUUACAUGGUUACUCGGACUUCGCUUUAACGUUUAAAGUUGUGAUAAUGCAUAUUAAUGACUGUCAUUUUGGUGUAUGCUCCUUCACAAUAAAACGUGGACUGCAAAAAAAGGAUAUCUUGGUAACAGGGAAAGAAAGUUGGCGUAGCCAGUCCAUCUUGUCCAGAAAGUAGCAGACGAAACUAAUCUUGAAAAGCAUAUUGGUAUAAAGAUGGUUGUUGGACUAAACUCCGUAUGAAAUUACUUUCUGGCAAGCUGUCAUUUUGAAGAAAGCAAUGAAAGAACGCCAUUUCCAACAAUGCAUAUACAUGUAUAGACGCAUUUUAGGAAAAUUACCAUGGGUGCGUUCGAUUAGCUUAUACGUGUAAAUCAAACUUACACGAGAGCGUUCGUUUAGCCAUCACGUGAUC